CUUUAAAAUACACUUACCUCUAACUGCAUAUAUGCUUGAAUGUUUUUAUUUUGUGUGGUGGUUUGAAAACGUGAAUAUUGGGUAAUUGGAGUAUUUUUUUAUUUGUCAUGGAUCAAAGGUGGACAGGGUUGCCCUUGCCAGUAAUCUUCUUGUUGUUUUGGAGGAAUGCUGAUGGAUUUAAAUAUGGCUACCCCCCUCCCCCCAGCAAUUUCAAGGAAUGUGCAUUUAGUGGGACAUGUGGGACACAUUCCAAUUCCAAUCAUGGGUGGGGUCAGCCUUCUGAUGCUUUCUCACCUCCUGCAGUCCAGUCUUCCAUGUCAGAGGUCCAUGUGACUGGGAGUUUGCCUAUUGAAGAAGUGGGCUCCAGUUUGUUCCCUAAAAAAACCCUGAAAAGCAAGUCAAAGUUGAAUCCACUUCAGUUUGUGAAAGGUGGUUCCAGCAUCCAUCAUCGGUCAACGUCCCAUGCCCAAACUGCGUCAAGCAGCUCUGUCUCCACUACCUUGCCUCUGCCCCUGAAUCAACAGCCUUCAAGCUAUUUGGUAUCCUCUGGAUCAACCAUUCCAGGUGUUGCUGAUGGAUUAAGUUUGGAGAGAUAUCCAGAGAUGUCCAGUCAGUUUCAGCCCUUGGUGGUAUCUAGCCAGUCUACUAAUAGUCAAAGCUCCCCUAGUUUACAUAUGGUUAAACCUCAGAGCAGUUCAAAGUCAACAGAUGAUGCUACACCGCUGUACACUCUGGGCACUGUUUCUUACUGAA